AUGUCUGCUUCGAACGGCGAUGACGAGAGCAAGACAGUCGGCCGGCUGGAUGAACGUGGCGGGUCCCGUCCGCCCGUAGAGUCCGUCGAACGAGCAGCCCUAGACUCCAACAAAGAAAAUCUUCAUUCUGAAGGUCGAGAGGUCAAACCUGCAUCCAGUUGCCCCCAGACACCGGCGCAUAGAAUUCCCCUGGCCGAUCUGAUCAGCAACACGGAGGAUGCAUUUAAUCAGGCACCUGGGAAGGUCCUUACCCCAGAGGAUCAUGUCUACUGGGACCACCGAAGCCCGUCCCUUAAGAAUAAGCCGCGCUCCUCUCUUUGUCGAGGCAAGAAGCGAAGCCAUAGCUCCUCGCCCACCAGAUCGCCGUUGAACAAGGAUGUACCGGCUGAACUGCGUCCCACCGGGUCGGUGAUGAAAACCCCUCAGCACGACAUAGCUGCAGACCUAUGGAGCAAGUACGUUGGCAAGGGAAAUGAGAUACCAGGUGGCGACCUUCCGAAGUUCCAUUUUUCCCAGCUUGCAUCAUCACCCCAGACUCCCGCGCCCCAGUCCCGGUCCGCUAGAGAUGGAUCGGGGCUACGAAGGGCCAACAGCUGCAAUACUGACUGGCCAACAUCUAACACUAAACGAAGGAGGCUGGACUAUGACCAGCAACGAACUAAUAACAUCCGUGAUGGCUUUACCCGCUCGCGGACGUCGUUACUGGCAUCCGAUAGAUCAAAAUCUUCGAAGAUCAAUCUACUAGUUGAGAAAAUUCAGGAUACUUUGUUGAAGUAUCCAAAAGAUGAUCCGACCGCCCCUUCUAGUUCCUCCCCCUUGCCUGACCGCUCCGAUAAUACAGACGAUGGCUGUCCUAUGUCGCCGCCAAAAGAAUCGAUCCAAAACCAGCCAAUUGACACUCCAUCCAAAUGCGCGCCGUCUCUACGAUAUGAAAGACAGCCAGUGGAGGCGAAUUUUGAUUCUGAUUCCCAAGAAAAAUUCGACGUACAUGGUGCAUCGUCGGAAUUUGGUGAUGAUGAUUUGGAUCGCGAUUUCCUUGAACUUGCGGUUGCGUCGCCCAAGAAACUUUUCCCCCUUUGUACGGACAAGCCCAAGGCGAACGAACCGGUGGAAAAGGUCGAGGACAUCCCGACCUUACACCCAACUAACCCCCCACCACACUCUAUGGACGAGAAGGUUUCUCAUAUUAUAGAUGAGUUUAAUGAUAAUGACGACGAAUUGGAUGACGGACUUGAAGAAAUUAUGGCGCAGUAUGAUUCAAAGGAUUUGUCUGCUGGGCAGACCACAAGCGAUGAAAGGAUCAUGCAGGAUUUGGGGCCAGGAAAAUCCACGAAUGGUAAGACUAACGGGCAGGAUGAAAUGAAGAAUGACCCCAACAUGAAAGCGGAAACGGCUGUUACUUUGAUGUCCGAUGAUGAGUUUGAUGAUGAUAUUGAUCUGGAAGCAAUUGAGGAUGCAAUGCGGAAGGGCACUGAAGUUGCUGCUGCUACUAGCAAACAUUUUAAGCAUCCUCAAGCUAUUAAACGUUAUCUCAUCCUUGAUUGCGCUGAGAAUAGCUAUACCAGAAGCAAUGGCCGAGCGCAGCUCGAAAAGGUACUUUUUGUUGAAGAAGAAAGGACCAAGCAAAACCGGGCCAUCACCUUAAGAGAAUCAUGGUUUGAUAUGCCUUGCAAGAAAGGUUUCUAUCUCCAUCUCAUCGGAGAAUUUGAUACCACCGGACAGUGCAUAGUGGACGAUGCCAACAACAUGAUAAUCCUCCAUCCUGACUAUCUUAUCUCUGCCACCGUUGUAGCUGAUUCUUUUACAUGUCAGCGACGGGCAGUGCUUCAAGAUCGCAUCAAGGCCACCAGUGAAGCUUCAAAGCCUCAAGUGUACGGCCAUAUCCUCCACGAGAUUUUUCAGGAAGCCAUGCAAGCUAAUAGAUGGGAUUUUGGCUGCCUGAGAGGACUUGUCGACGAGACAUUACCAAAAUACCUGGAGAGUUUAUAUGAGAUUCAGGUUGAUGUGCCCGAGGCAAAGGCAUACCUUCAGGCUAAGAUUCCCGCGCUGAAAGCUUGGGCGGAGGUCUUCCUUCGCUGUAGGCCAAGUCUUGAGUCCAUCAUUGAGGACAGAAACGGCACCAAAGCCCGGCUGUGUAUAAACAAACUUCUCGAAGUUGAGGAGCAUAUUUGGUCGCCCAUGUACGGACUAAAAGGCAAUGUCGAUGCAACUGUUCAGGUAGUUCUUCAGGAUAAAACGGAACAGAAGACUCUCACGGUGCCUUUGGAACUUAAAACUGGAAGAAAUACUACCAAUGAAACACAUAGAGCGCAGACAGCAUUAUACACCUUGCUCCUUUCGGACCGCUAUGACAUUGACGUUACUUUUGGCAUACUGUAUUAUUUGGAGGCUUCAAAGACGCAUCGUGUUCGGGCUAUACCGGCUGAGAUACGCCAGAUGAUACAACAACGAAAUAGACUGGCUGGAUACGUUCGAGAGCGGCUAGAUCUUCCUCCUAUGCUGAAAAAUCCGCGGAUAUGCAACCAAUGUUACGCGAAGACACCGUGUUUUGUAUAUCACAAGCUAAUGGAUAAUGGCGAUGGAGGGACAAGUGGUAUAGGAAAGAGUUUCACAGAGCUCGUCGGUCAUCUGAGUCCCUUGCAUCAAACUUUCUUCAAAAAGUGGGAUUUAUUGUUGACUCAGGAAGAAACAGAAGCGAUGAAAUUCCGUCGAGAGCUUUGGACGAUGCUAAGCAGUGAGCGAGAAGGAGUUGGCCGCUGUUUCAGUAAUGUCGUGAUAGAGCCAGGGUCAGCCUUCAAGGAUACCGAUGGCCCAAAGAUCAAUCGCUUCCGGUACACUUUCGUCAAGCAUAAGCCAUUUUCUGGCUUUUCUUUUGCGGAAUCACAGAUCACUGCUGGAGAGCCCAUUGUGGUGUCUGAUGAGAAAGGCCACUUUGCUCUUGCCAAUGGCUACGUUGUGCAAAUUAGUCCUAGAAGACUCACUGUUUCUGUAGAUCGGAGGCUCCACAAUGCCCAGAGGAAGGUGGUGGGCUUUGACGCGGAUCGAAAUCAGUCUUUCAUGGGAAUUAUGGAAGUCAAUGAUAGCAAAUUGGCGGAUUCCAGAGUGGCGGAGGAAGAGGAGGUUGUGUUAUAUCGCGUGGAUAAAGAUGAGUUUAGUAACGGCAUGGCGACCGUGAGAAAUAAUCUUGUUUGCAUGAUGGACAACUCACACUUCCGAUCGAAACGAUUGAGGGACCUGAUUAUCGAAGGGGUUCCACCAUCCUUCAAACCAUUAUCGUCUGUGCCAAACCUAUCUGCUUUCGCAGAAGCGAACUUGAAUGUGGAUCAGAAAGAGGCGAUUGAGAAGGUUAUGAGUGCUGACGACUAUGCUCUUGUUCUUGGUAUGCCUGGAACUGGAAAGACUACGACCAUUGCUCAGCUUAUUCGUGCCAUUGUCGCGCAAGGGAAAAGUGUUUUGCUGGCUUCAUACACGCACACGGCGGUGGAUAACAUCCUUCUUAAGAUUCGAUAUGACGGAACUAAGAUUUUAAGACUUGGGGUACCUGCAAAAGUGCAUCCGGAGGUUCAACAGUUUGCUGAUCUCGCGGGGUUUCCGAAGAAAUCGAUUGAGGAGAUUAAAGACUCGAUUGAGAAUUCACAAGUGGUCGCGACCACUUGCUUGGGAAUCAAUCAUUUCAUCUUCAACAGUCGAACGUUUGAUUAUUGUAUUGUCGACGAAGCUUCGCAGAUUACACUUCCUGUUUGUCUGGGACCAAUUCGGAUGGCAAAGACAUUUAUCCUCGUGGGCGAUCAUUAUCAGCUUCCACCUCUCGUUCAAAACAAAGAAGCGCUGGAAGGUGGACUGGAUGUGAGCUUGUUCAAGCUACUUUGCGACAUGCAUCCGGGCGCCGUUGUCAACCUUGAGCAUCAAUAUCGAAUGUGUGAAGACAUAAUGCUACUUUCUAACACGCUCAUUUACUUCGGACAUUUGAAAUGUGGCACACCAGAAGUAGCUUCGCGCUCGUUGAAUAUUCCCAAUAUGAGUGGGCUGAAACAACAUCACAUCAGUCCUUUGAGUGUGCUGUCAUCUCAUACACCGUGUUUAGGACCAACCCGCGGACGCUGCUGGCUUCGAGACCUUUUGGACCCAAGCGCAAAAGCCCGCCUAGUCAAUACAGACUUCUUAAACCCCCGGGCCGGAGAGUCUGCUAACGGCUCACGCAUCGUCAACGUCGUCGAAGUCGCUCUCUGCACCCAACUCGUCGAAGCACUCAUCUCCGUCGGAAUCCCCGCACAAGAAAUAGGUGUCGUAACUCUGUAUCGAAGUCAGCUCGCCCUCCUCAGGCAGAACCUACGCCGUCAUCUUCCUGAGCUUGAGAUGCAUACGGCCGACCGCUUCCAGGGACGCGAUAAAGAAGUGAUUAUCAUGAGCUGCGUACGAAGCAAUGCAGAGAACAAUGUGGGCGAAUUACUCCGGGAUUGGCGACGGGUUAACGUUGCAUUCACACGGGCGCGGACCAAAUUCCUUAUUGUGGGCAGCAAGACCACGCUUCGAGAGGGGAAUGAAUUGCUGGAUAGGUUUGUUAAGCUUAUGGAUGGGAAAGGUUGGUGUUAUGAUUUGCCCCCGACAGCGGUAGAGAGUCAUGUUUUUGAGGAACCUGCGUUUACGCAGGUGAGUCCACAGAGAACAAAGAGUAAACCUGUGAGUCCAAAGAAGAAGGGGCAGAGUCCUAUAAAGAGGAGUCCUGUCAAGAGGCAGUCUCGGACGGUGCUUGGUCCAAUGAGGAACGAAAGUGGUUUGUUUGGGAUGGGCUGUAGGAAGGCUGAAAAGCUUGGAGGUAAGGAGACACAUGCUGCGAAGAUGGUAGGGAGGAGACCCGUGUUGAGGGAUGUAUAUCAUGAUUUGCUUGGAUAAGUCGUCUAUUUCUUCUCGCUGUACUCCGUUGGGUUGGACUUUGGCUGGUAACUACGCAUUUGGUUGCAUGACGCUCCGUAAAAGGGGGCUUUUGGACAAAUCCAUUUAUUCUUUUUAGGGCUCUAUCCAGAUGAAACCUUGACUUCACGUUUCGGCCAUCUUUAUCGAUGUGACUAUAAAUCAUACGAAAGUCGAGGCAACGCAAUCAAGAGGCUGACCACGGGCAGCCAACGUACUCCCAGCAAA